AUGGACCUGGACCGACGGCCGCCCAGCGCCCUGCGCUUCCCCGGCUGGAGCGAGCCCCCGCUGCCCUUCGCCGGCCACGGCCGGGAAGAGUCGCCGGAAAGCGGUUACCUGAGCCUGUGCGGCGGCUGCAGCCUGGAGGGCGGCGGAGAGCCCGGCGGGGCCGAGCCCGGCCCGUGGAGCCCCCCGGAGCAGGGCCGGGCGGAGAGGCGGCGGAAGGUGGAGUUCUUCCGCAAGCUGGGCUACUCCUCGCAGGAGGUGCUGGGCGCCCUGCAGAAGCACGGCCCGGAGGCGGACACCAACACCAUCCUCGGGGAGCUGGUCAAGCACGGGGCGGCCCCGGGCGAGAGGGAGCCGGCGCAGGGGGCGGCGGCGGAGGGCCCCGAGGCGCCGCCCGUCCCGAGGGCGCGGCCCGCCCCCGGCAGCCCCCCGGCCCAGCCUGCGCCUCCGGAAGAGCAGGAGGGGGAUCACCUGCGCCCGAUCGUGAUCGAUGGGAGCAACGUGGCCAUGAGCCAUGGAGACAAAGACACCUUCUCCUGCCGAGGCAUCCUGCUGGCUGUGACCUGGUUUUUGGAUCGAGGACACAAGGACGUCACGGUCUUCGUCCCAUCUUGGAGAAAAGAGCAGCCACGCUCUGAUGCCGCCAUUACAGACCAGCACAUCCUCCAUGACCUCGAGAAGAAGAACAUUCUCGUCUUUACUCCUUCCCGGCGAGUGGCGGGCAAGCGGGUGGUCUGCUACGAUGACCGCUUCAUUGUGAAGCUGGCCUGGGAGUCGGACGGCAUCGUGGUUUCCAACGACGUCUAUCGGGAUCUGCAGGCAGAACGGCCAGAGUGGAAGAAGUUCAUUGAAGAUCGCUUGCUUAUGUAUUCCUUUGUCAAUGACAAGUUCAUGCCUCCCGAUGACCCCCUGGGGCGCCAUGGACCCAGCCUGGAUAAUUUCCUGAGGAAGACGCCAGCCGUGCCCGAGCACAAGAAGCAGCAGUGCCCAUAUGGCAAGAAGUGCACCUAUGGCAUCAAGUGCAAGUUCUACCACCCGGAGCGGCCGCAGCAACUGCAGCGCUCCGUUGCCGAUGAGCUCCGGGCCAACGCCAGGCUCUCCCCCACCAGGGCUGCGCCAACCACCAAGGAGGAGAGGAGGAGCUGGAGGCCCCCCCAUGGGGAGUUCUGGGGCUCUGCAGCUGCGGAGGGUGAGAAAGUCCCCCUGCAGAAGGCCUUGGCGGAGAAGACGAGCUCUGCCCGUCACAUUAGGCAUGGCGAUGUGCCCCCCUUCUUCCUCAAUGCCCAGGGCAUGCCAGCCCAGAAGAGCCACAGUUACAGGAGUUCAGAUCAGUACCAGCUGCCUUCCAGGGACUCCCUUGCCCAGGACCGCCUUGACUCGGGCAUCGGCUCCCUUGAGAGCCAGCUCUCUGAAAUGUGGCCCAGCCCCUCGGCUAGUCCUGUCAAGGGGGCCCAGCAAGAGCGGCUUGGGGGGAGCAGCUGCAGGGGGCAGGUACCUGCCUAUCGGGUCCCUCCUGGCCCGGAAUGCAGCAGGUACGGCCAGUACCUGCCUCAGAGCUUCCUGCCCUCCCCAUCUGGACAGGUUGCUCCUCACUCGUUUUCUGGCUACGACGUGGCCAGCAGUGCUUCUCUGGGCCCUGGGCGCGAGUACUGGUCCGAGCCGUACCAUCCGGGGCCUGCAGUGCGCCAAGAGCUGCCCAGGGCUCCCUGCCUUGCCUACGAGGACUCCUCACGCCACUGGGCCAACCUGGAAAGUUUUGCAGAAGAGCGUGCCCAAGUGCACGUCAAGCUAUGUGGGAUCUUCCAUCCUCACCUGGUGGACACCGUCAUGAACCGCUUCCCACACCUCUUGGACCCUCAGCAGCUGGCUGUUGAAAUCCUCACCUACAAGAGCCAACACCCUGGGGUGUGA